GUAGACGCCCUCUUGAUGUUUAGCGGCCCUCCUUUCGGCUCAAUCGCCCUUCAGCCCUCUAAUCGGCCACUUUUUCGAGUUCCGACUCAGUCGUCUCUCCAGUUUCGUCGCUUCUUCCGUAUUGUUGACUUGAGCUCAAACAAACAUGUAAAUGUAAGCCCUCUUCUUUGUUCAAAUUCUUGUAACAAUUUCAGCAAUGGUACUUCCUCUUGUAAAGCUUGGAACCCUCGCUUUGAAAACUGCCUGCAAACCCAUUGCUAAUCGUCUCAAGAAAGAAGCUAGUUUACACCCCAGAUUCCGUCAACACAUCAUCAACUUUGCUCAGGUAAAUCACCGGGUUACAACACAAAUACAACGGCGCAUUUACGGUCACCGAACUGAUGUUGAGAUUCGUCCUUUAAAUGAGGAGAAAGCCGUACAAGCUGCUGCUGAUCUCAUUGGAGAAGUCUUUGUGUUCACGGUUGCUGGAGCUGCUGUUAUUUUUGAGGUGCAAAGAAGUGCUAAAUCAGAAGCUAGGAAGGAAGAAGCACGUGCACAAGAGCUGCAGGCGUUGAGACAGAAAGAUGAGGAUUUGAUAAGAGAGAUGGAGACCCUUAGACAGAGGUUUGAAGAGGUAGAAAAGUUGGCUAAAGAACAAGCCAAAAGUGGUAUUUUCAGUAUCCGCAAACAAACACCUAAAGCACAGGAAUAGAAAUAAUCUAACUGACUUUGAAGAUUCUUUGUUUGAUUAAUCAGGAUGAUGGAAAUUUUUCAGGCAAUCUGCAAAUGUAUACGGUGCAUUAGUGCCAUAUAAAAGACCUCACGUAACUUGUGGUCAUAAAUAAUUCAUUGUACCUGCAAACUAAUUGAGCUGCUUGUUUGUUUGUAAACAGGCAGGCAUUUACAAAAGGUUUGUAAUUUUCAUGUUGCCUUAUUUAUCAGCGGAGGAAUGGAAAGAUCUAUGAAAUUAAAGCCUAAAGGGAUAGAGGAGAAGGUGGUAUUUGAAGAAUUGAUUUUUUAUAACAUAAUUUCCUUAAUUGCCGCUUGUCUGAAUGUAAGCAUGUGGUGCUACAAAUCUUUAGUCUAUAAAACCCAAUGCUUAAAAUGGUCUUCCCAUUAUUAUUCAAUCUUUA